AUGACUUCGAACACUGCGCCGGGCGGCUGCAUUCCAGCUUGUGCUGCUGGAAGAGGAAUUUGCGGUCACGGCGUUUGCUUCUGUCGAUCACCCUAUUCUGGUCCAACGUGUGAAGUCGAGUUCAAGGAAGACUUCAUGCGUUUCGGCUACUUCACGGUUGUUUGCCUAGUGUCAGUGGCGAUUGUCCUCGGGUUCUUUGCAGCAGAUAUCGUGUGGAGAGUUACAAGACCCUCGCCGAAAGCUGCGGCCGUCGGAACGCAGCAGGUCAAGAAGGAGACGUGGCGCCCACAGGCCAACUGA